AUGGACAAAAUGAUCAUCGAGCGUGACGUCCCAAUACUAAUGGACGAUGGGCUGGUCCUCAAAGCAGAUGUCUUCCGUCCAAAGGACGAGACUCCAAGCCCAGUAAUCAUGACGCUCGGGGUCUAUGGAAAGGGAGUACCCUAUCGCGACGCAUACGCGGCCCAGUGGGAUGUCUUGAUGGCAACCAAACCCGAGGUCCUCCAAGGGUCCACCAAGGAAUUCAUGGUUUGGGAGGGUGCCAGCGAUGUUUAUCGUGACAUGAUGCGCCAUGGAGGGAUCCAAAACAACGGGUUUUUCGAGUGGUGGUAUCCUAAGCAAGUCAUCUCAGUGCAACACGGCAAUCCUCGAGGCUGGCAAGAUCCUUGGCUUGGUGAAAGAAGCAACGGGCCAACAUCCCUAUCAGAUGAAAAUCUGGAACGCAACCGCACCGACCCAGUGUCAGACAUUCUAUCCAGGCCACUUGACGAUGAAUGGUAUCGCUCGCGGUCGGCCGAUUGGAGUAAAGUGACGGUGCCGUUUCUGAGCGCGGCAAACUGGGGAGGGUUUGGGAUUCAUCCUCGAGGCAACUUUGAAGCAUUUACACAAGCUGCAUCGAAGCAGAAAUGGCUAGAUUGUCAUCCAGGUCGCCACGACGAAUGGUUCUAUCUUGAUCAUGGAAUGGCUUUACAAAAGCGCUUUCUAGAUCAUUUCUUGAAAGGAACCGACAAUGGAUGGGACAAGGAGCCACCAGUCCUCCUUCAUCUGCGAAAGCCAUUCAGUAAUGAGUUUGAGCAACGGAAAGUAACAUCGUGGCCAUUGUCAAACACCAAAUGGACCAAGUUGUACCUUGAUUGCGUUGGUGGGUUUGCUGCUGCUGGAAUGUCUUGGGAACCCCCGUCCAAGUGGUCCAAGAUGAGCUUCGCUGCCCUGGGGCAUCCAUUGAAAUUUCUGUCGCCGCCGCUAGAGAGGGACAUUGAGAUUACCGGACCAGUUGCAGCAAAACUGUUUGGGUCCUCAACAACGACUGACAUGGAUCUCUUCCUCACGCUCCAAGCCUUUCACAACGGCCGUGAGAUCGUCUUCCAAGGUGUGGCAGACACACAGACACCUCUCUCACAAGGAUGGUUGAGGGCAUCUCACCGAAAACUAGACCCUUCAAAAACCUUGCCCUAUCGCCCCUACCAUAGCCACGAUGAAAUCCAGCCACUGCAGCCCGGCAAGGUGUAUGACCUAGAUGUUGAAAUCUGGCCGACCAAUAUCCUUCUCCCUAAAGGAUCUCAGAUAGCACUCCAGGUAAGUGGGAAAGACUUUGAAAGAAUGAUACCACCAAGUAAAGCUGGAAACCCGUGGGAAAUGGGGAACCCUACGAUUUGCACCCACAACCACCCUGGCGAUCGACCAACAGAUAUAUUCGGGGGUGAAUCAACCAUUUUCACAGGUGGCAAAACACCGUCUUACAUAUUGCUUCCAUUUAUUGAGGAUUGA